CCACGUAGCAUCACCCCCUUUUUUCCUCUCCUUUUUUUUUCUUUUUUUGCCUUUUUGCUUUUUUGCUUUUUUCUCGUGUUUGCUGUGUUAGUAAUAAAAAACUUUUUUUUAAAUUUAACUUAUUUAAAUCUUUGUUUUUUAACCCUCCCUUCUCUUCCUUUUUCGUUUCAUUCUUUUUGAAAAUGUCCUCCACUGACGAUUUUAAGCUCCCCAAGGCUCUGCGCAUGGUCAUCAUGGGUCCUCCCGGCUCCGGCAAGGGUACCCAGGCACCUCGUAUUGCGGAAAAGUUCUGCGUUUGCCACCUGGCCACUGGUGACAUGCUGCGGGCAGCUGUGAGCUCUGGCAGUGACCUGGGCAAGCAAGCGAAGAAGAUCAUGGAUGCUGGCGGUCUUGUGAGCGACGAAAUCAUGGUUGGUAUGAUCAAGGAUAAUAUUGAGGGCAACAAGGAGUGCAAGAACGGAUUCAUCCUCGAUGGGUUCCCUCGUACGGUAGUUCAGGCCGAGAAGCUUGACGAGAUGCUUGAUGGGCGUAAUCAGAAUUUGGAUCAUGCUGUGGAGUUGCUUAUUGAUGAUAGUCUUUUGGUAGCUAGAAUCACCGGGAGAUUGGUGCAUCCGGCAUCGGGUCGCUCUUAUCAUAAGAUCUUUAGCCCGCCGAAGACUGUGAUGACCGAUGAUAUUACUGGAGAGCCGCUGAUUCAGAGGUCGGAUGAUAACGAGGCCACUUUGGUUAAGAGACUGGAGACUUAUCAUAAGCAGACUGCCCCUGUGGCUGAGUACUAUGCGAAGCGCGGUAUCCUGAGGAAGGUUGAUGCUGCGCAGAAGCCUGCGGCGGUUUGGCAGACUCUUUUGGCUAUUUUUGCUGCCAAGCAUUAAGAUAGUUCUGGUGGUUUGGGGAGUAUGAAUGAAAAAUGAUAAUCUUUUGACUUGGUUGUCUUUUUAAAAAAAUUUCAAUUAUAUACGAUACGAUACAAUACAAUAACAAAUAUAUUUAUGU